AUGCCCAUGUUUCAAUCUACCAGAAAAGACCCCAUUGUUGGGGUUGAGGGCCGUGCGGACAUUCUAGAUUUCGACACCGCCGUUAAAGAUGGAGUCUUGGGCGGCGAGGUUUACUCCGCCGCCCCUGCCGCCGCCGGCGGCGGCCGCGGCGGCGAGAAAUUGGAUCUGAAAAAAAUGAUCGCCGAGCUGAAUUUACCCGAAAUCCCCUCUGUUUUCAUCUGCCCGAUCUCUCUCGAGCCCAUGCAAGACCCAGUCACUCUCUGCACCGGCCAAACUUACGAGCGGCCCAACAUUCUCCGGUGGCUCGGCUUAGGCCACUACACUUGCCCCACCACAAUGCAAGAGCUUUGGGACGAUACACUCACCCCAAACACGACCUUAUACCACCUCACCCACACUUGGUUCUCCCAAAAAUACCUCCAGAUGAAAAAAAAGUCCGAAGACGCUCAGGGCCGAGCCUCCGAACUUCUCGCCACUCUCAAAAAAGUCAAAGGCCAGUCGAGAGUCAAAACCCUAAACGAGCUCCGCCAGCUCGCGUCAAAUCAUCCUACCGCUCGGAAAACAAUAGUCGAACAAGGCGGAUUGGGCCUCCUCUCGUCUUUACUCGGCCCAUUCACUUCUUACUCAGUUGGGUCCCAAGUCGUGUCGAUUCUCGUUAAUUUGAAUCUUAGCCCGGAAUCUAAAUCGAUCCUAAUGCAGCCCGCGAAAAUAUCUUCACUAGUCGAUAUCUUGAACGAGGGCUCUGUCGAGACGAAGAUAAACUGCGUCCGUUUAAUUGAGACUUUGAUGGAAGAGAAGGAUUUUCGGGCCGAGAUUGUUUCGGGCCACAGCAUUUUAGUUGCACUAAUGAGACUCGUGAGGCACCCAAAUGGGCAUUAUCCGGGCCUUGGGCUUUUGAAGUCGAUUUGCGCGCAUAAACAGGCCCGAAUCUUGGUUGUGAGUAUUGGGGCCGUUUCGCAGCUGUUGGAUUUGAUACCCGUUUUGAAUCAAGAUUGUCUUGAAUUGGCAGUCUCGGUUUUGGAGACACUAUCUUCCGAGCCCGAGGGAAAACGGGCUUUGAAGGAUUGUUCGAAUACUAUACCGAUAAUGGUUAGGUUAAUAAUGAGAGUUUCGGAAGUUUGCACGGGAAGCACGCUCUCGGUUUUGCUUUCUGUGUGCAAGCUUUCGCCUGAGGAGUGCUCGUCUGUGGCAGUUGAGGCGGGCCUUGCUGCGAAGCUUCUUCUUGUGAUCCAAAGUGGAUGUGGGCCCGUUAUCAAGCAACGGGCCGCGGAGCUUUUGAAGCUGUGCAGUUUGAAUUAUUCGGACACGAUGUUUAUUUCGAAGUGUAAGUUGACGAGGACUAUACAGUGA